AAAUUUAAGUAGAGUGAAAGCCGACAUAAACCAAAGUCAGUACACACCUGGAUAUCGACAAUCUGCGUUAGGCAGUUCUUUUCACGUUGCGGUCGCUGGCAAGUUGCGUAUACUGAUAGUACAUAGUCGCCAUAACUGCAACAGGUAAAAUUUGAAAAAUCACAAUGAAUAAAGAUAUGCCAGCGCCACCACCAGGUUUCGUUCCGCCACCACCACCACCACCGUAUUUCGAACAGCCACAGCAGCAACAACCACAUAUCGUUGUUGUAGAACGACCAGUUCUGCAAUUUGGUAGAGUAUCGCAACGUCUACAAUGUCCACACUGUCAUGCGGACAUCUCAACGAGAGUGGAAUCUGAAGCUAAUACAAAAACGCAUCUUAUUGCACUGUUACUUUGCAUACUAGGAUUGUGGUGUUGUGCUCCUUGUCCUUAUUGUAUGGAUAGUACAUUGGUACAGAGACACUACUGCCCUUCUUGUGGUUCAUUUUUAGGAGAAGCAGACAAUUAAUUCUACCACAGUACAAAAUACCUACUAUCCACAAUUUUUGUUUAUAUAAUGUGUAUAUAUUAAAAUACGUAUUAUAAUGAAUUCCUAUCAGAUGUAUCAACAAUGUUCUAUACUCCUGUUAUAUAUUUAACAAGUGAAAAGAUAAGC